CACUUUGAUGUCCCCAUCAGUGGGCUUUGGUUUUAUCCAAUUUUAAUGGAAAUCAAUUAAUGAUUCCAUAGGGCAUCUUUCCUUUUAUGCAAUUUUGUAUCAUAUUUGAUGAGAGCGAGGUAAAAGAUGUUGAUCUACAUUCUUUAGUACUCUACAUCAGAUUUGAUUAUCCGUAUAUUUCAAAGUUUGGUAAAAGACCCUCUCCAUCAUCAGCUGUUGGAGGGUCAUUGCUAUUGGAGAAGAUGUUUUUCCCUCUAUCAUUUCAUCUUGGGAUUUCCCUAUACAGUUCACCCCUAGCCCCUUUCCCCUCAUUUUAUUCUCUUUUUUCGUUUGUUUGGCCUCCAAUAUUAAGGUGUAAAAAUCGUCAGCGACCGUUACACCAAUGCAUCGGGCAUUGGGUGGUUGGGACCUCUUUGAAGUGGAUGUCCAGAUACUUUCAAUUGUCCAAUGUUCACUGUAUCUCAUCACUUGUUACUGAGGAUGUGGACUCUAUGUUAAGCCCUUUGCUUUCAUUGUUUUGUUUGAGGUGCUGGCCCCAAGGCUGCCUUGGUUAUUAAGAUGUGGGACAAAGGGAGAGUAAGAAUACCUAAAACAAAGAUGGCAAUUCAAGUAUCUCAGUCAAAACUAUUUCUCUUGGUUCUAGUCCUAGUCAACUUGGCUCAUGAUGGAGGUGCCACAGUGAGUACCAUAGCUUCACUUAGUCGAGAUAGUUUUCCGGCUGGUUUUAUUUUUGGUACAGCUUCUUCUGCUUACCAGUAUGAAGGUGCAGCAAAUGAAGGUGGAAGGAAGCCAAGCAUAUGGGACACUUUCACCCAUGAACAUCCAGAUAAAAUCAUGGACCAAAGUAAUGGAGAUGUAGCCAUCGAUUCUUAUCACCGGUACAAGGAAGAUGUAAGUGCAAUGAAGGAAAUGGGUAUGGAUGCCUAUAGAUUUUCCAUUUCAUGGUCAAGGAUAUUACCUGAUGGAACGCAAAGUGGGGGAGUAAACAAGGAAGGCAUUCAAUAUUACAACAAUCUCAUCAACGAGCUUCUAGCGAAUAAAAUCCAGCCCUUUGUGACUUUGUUUCAUUGGGAUUUACCUCAAGCCUUGGAAGACAAAUAUGGUGGUUUUUUGAGUCCAGACAUUAUUUAUGAUUUUCAAGACUUUGCGGACAUUUGUUUCAAAGAAUUUGGUGAUAGGGUGAAGCACUGGAUCACUUUAAAUGAGCCAGUGAGUUUUGUUACGGGCUACUCUGAGGGAACCUUUGCACCAGGUCGAUGUUCCAGUUGUUCUAAAGGGAAUUCUUCGACCGAACCUUAUUUGGUAGGGCACCACCAACUUCUUGCUCAUGCAGCCGCAGUGAGUUUGUACAGGGACAAGUAUCAGGCAUCUCAAAAUGGAAAGAUUGGAAUAACAUUAAAUUCAAAUUGGAUGGUACCUUACAGUGACAGCCAUUCUGAUGUUGAUGCAGUUAAAAGAGGACUUGAUUUCAUGUAUGGAUGGUUUUUGAGCCCCAUAACACACGGUAACUAUCCCAAGAGCAUGAGAUCUAGAGUGAAAGAUCGCUUGCCAGAAUUUACAAAGAAGGAAAUGAGAAUUCUUAAAGGAUCAUUUGAUUUCCUUGGAGUCAAUUACUAUACAUCUAAUUAUGCGGCUGAUGAUAAGCAUUGCAAAGAUGCUAACUCAACUUAUGCUACAGAUUCUUGCGCUAAGCUCUCACAGGAGAUAGAUGGGGUCUCCAUUGGUCCAACUACUGGUUCACCUUGGCUUCGUGUAUAUCCACAAGGAAUAUGGGACUUGUUGAUCUAUACUAAAGAAUACUACAAUAGUCCAGAGAUUUAUAUUACUGAGAAUGGUGUAUCGGAUUCCAAUAACGGUACAAUGACAAUGGAAGAAGCUCUAGCUGAUAAAUGGAGAAUAGAUUACUAUAAUAGCCAUCUUCAAUUUAUCCACAAAGCCAUCAGGGAUGGUGUAAAUGUGAAAGGAUUCUUUGCAUGGUCAUUAUUUGACAACUUUGAGUGGGUUUCGGGAUACACGGUUCGGUUUGGCCUUAACUAUAUAGAUUACAAAGAUGGGCAGAAGAGAUACCCAAAGCUCUCGUCCGUUUGGUUCAUGAAGUUCCUUCAGAGUACUAAAAAGACGGAGUUUUAAAUCUCAGUUUAUAUCAUGAAAAAAGAAUAACAAAGCAUUGCCCCAAAUAGAAGUAGUCGUUGCUGCCGUAUAUUUUUAAAUUUAUUUUUAUUUUGUCAAAUUAAAAAGAAAGUGAAUACUUCUCAGCUGAGACCGAGAUACAGGUUUUCAUUAUAGGAUUUUUUUUUUUUAGAUUGGACUACUUCUCUGCUAAUGACCAUGCCGAAGGUGGAUUAGUAGUUCAAAUCUAAAUUCCAGUUUUAUCUCUGAUUACUCUUGCUUGGACUUCUAUUCUACUGACAGCCAUGCCGAAGGUGGAAUAGUAGGUCAUUUGUUCAAUAUACUCAUUGUAUUCUGCA